CACUGACUUAAGGUUUUUAAAACUUCUUGUUCCGGCUUUCAAUGAUGAAAGGUUCUCCGGUGAUGUUAGCUUUAGCUGUAAUAGCAAUAUACCUUCUUGUGGGUGCUUUUCCUGCAACUUCUGCAUUAGUUCCUCAUGGUGAUGAGAAGAGUUCAUGGCAUGUUGACUGUAUACAUGGCUUGACAAGGAUACUUGGAAGAAAAGAAGGUAACUUUGGAUGUCAAAAUAUCAUUGUUAGCAAGAAAAUAGUGCCCACUCGGAGCCUAAAAGUAACGAGCAAAUCCCCGCCUCCACCACCCACUAAGAAUACGGCAACAUCACUGGGUGCUACCGUAUCUCCUCCAGUUGCUGCAUGAUAGCUAUGCUAUUUUUGUAUUCUAUAGAUGGCUUGAUGUUUGUGUGGUCACUGUGGUGAUUCUCAAUAUUUCACGUCUCUAAAUUUUUAGACCUUCUCUUACAAGCUAUGAUGUCUUGGU